AUGAAUUUCUACCUACCUGGAAGCAAGAUAGCUGGGACCGAGAACCCAACCGCCACGGUACCGAUCGCGUAUCUCACUGGGGCAUCCGUGUCGACGGCCUUGGCUGCCGGUCUGACCUCAUUGAUCAUCUACUGUGCGACGCUCGGACAGGUAUACUAUGAUUCAGUUGGUAACAAGGAACGUACCAAAGAGUUCGCCCGGAAGCGGGAUGGGCUAAAAGAACGGAAUCACAUGGAGACAGCAUUCCAAAGUAUCAAGUUCCCUGGGUGGAAAGGACCAAAAUUUCCGCCUGUAAAUCGGGGGACACGGGUGUUCGAACUCCUUUUGUCCCAAUCCUUCUCCCAGGGGACGCUUACAGAUGCUCUCAUGGGUGCUGUGAGUACCGAUGAUAAGACAACUGCUAUCAGCCUGGCUGAGUGCGUUCUCAAAUCUACCAUUCACUCUACCGCUGACUCAAUUUUCCCGCCCUUGUUGAUUUGGGCCACGACUCUAACACAUACAUCUACGGUCAAAGUUCUGCCCGAUCAUGGUGCGAGGCUUGAUAUCAGCGAAAUUUACGAGCGUGACGGCUCGCAUCUUCAGUUGGAAGUACCUCUGGGCCCUUUUUGCGGCGACCCGACUGUCUCGGACCGCUACGACAAGAGGGCCCUGCAGUGGGCCGCACAACACUGGAGCAAGCGGAUUGUGACGGCUGGACGGCCUUGUGCUUGGCCAUUCACCCUAUCAAGAACAGCAUCUGCGACACGACGCAAUUCGAGCCGCAAAACUACCCGGACACUGUCCGCCUGCUGCUGGAAUGCCGGGGGGGGGGGAGGGGGUGGGGUGGAGAUGGCCCAGCGAUGUGACGCCGAUAUGGUUGCCAUUGACCUGCUCCAGCCCGCCCUGGAAGACACGCAAGUCCCGCAAGAAUCAAGCUUUAGCCACUCGCAAAAGCUCACUUUCGGCACCGAGCCAAGCUUUGGCCACAAUCACCGGCGCAGCACCUGGUCGGAUUACUAUAUCUGCACCAAAUGCCUCCCUAUCUCUAGCGACUUCCACCCGCGCGGGUUUCCUAAUGUGACACGAGAACGUAUUAUUGUUCUCGCCCCGGAGAGCAAUGUGUUCCAGGACUCGGACGAGCAGACGCCCGAUCUACCCGAUGUCGAUCUCACCGCGAGUGCAGAAGCCGUGGUAGCUCAGGCCUCCGUAAAUAAGGAUCCCGUGAACAUGGCGGGAGAUAUCGAUGGCGAGUUAUAG